GGGAUGCAUUAAUAAUGUUGUUUUGCAUUCAAAACAAAAAGCUUCUUUUGAAAAAAGGACAACACACUUGCACAUACCAAAGUCAUGGUCUGCUACUUUUUAAAAGACUUAAACAGCCAGUGGCAUCUUUCAUAGUAACCCACUACCUGCAAUUAGAACAUAAAAGAGGAGAAGAUGAAAGCAAUCUGAGUUUCAACGUGAAGAAUGACCGUUUCACCUUGAUCUAUAAGAAGUAGGCCUUUGUCUACUUACCAGAAACUAGCCUGCUUGUUGCACCUCUUCGCACAACUAAUGCAAUGUUCAACACACAAUGGUAAGAUAGAAGUCAAUCUGGAGCAUCUUACCAGAAACUACAAUUAACUGAGGUAAAGGCUUUGAUGUGGCUCCACAUAAAAACCUUACAGCACUCUCUUAGGCAAACAAAGCAAAGGACUGCGGGCACAAGUCAACAAUGAAGACUGUCAUCUUUUGUCUUCUGCUGCUUCCUCUAGCAGCCGUGGUGGAAAACGCUCCAGUCAGAGCUCAAAGAAACAAUGUGGUCAAUUUUUUAAAGGGGACAUUUGGCUCAACCACAGAGAAGACCACCACAGCAAAUCCCCCUGCUUACAGAAACCUACACAGCAGUCAAGUUGAAGAGCAGGAUUCAGAAGAGAAAUUCAAGGAGAGUGAUGAAAUCCUGAUUCUCGAAGGUGCUGCAAACCAGGCCGUUCCAUGGAGGAGACCAGCAGGACAAAACCUGAAACUAACUGACACGAGCAGCAGACUGAUCGAGGAUCACGACGGGCAGAAGCAAAGCGGAUAUCAGGGACAAGUGCAAGCAAGGGAGGAGCAGAGCGAUCUCAGUAGUGAGGAAGAAAUGAUGCUGGAUGGUAAAAGAGUGAGACAAAGCACCAAUCUCCAAAGACAGCCAGGAAAUACAAGGAAGAACAGGAUGAGUGGCAGACCGGUCCCAGACCAAAGCCAGGAGGAGCCAGACUGGGAUAGCUUUGAGAACAAUCGGGGUGCAGGAGCAGCUGUGGACAACAGUCGACAUGCAAACUGUGAUGAAACCAGAGAAUGCUCCAGCGUGGAAACACACGCUGCCAUUGGUGAGAGUUCCUUUUCCUCAGUUUUUUGCUCAUCAACCGCUUAGUGAUGCUCACUUCUCUCUUUCUGUUUGCGCUUAAGGGCCCGACCGCUUCCCAGCUCUUCCAGCCUUCAGCUAAGCAGCCUGCUGUUCAAACAUGGAGGUGUGUUCUCUCUGCAUCAUAAAAGGGAUUUCUACAACUGUUUUA